UUCCUCCUUCCCUCAGCGUCGGCGCCGCCAUGUUGGGCCGGGCUUGUCUCUGAGGGAGAGGCCGGCGGAGGCGCGCGCAGGCCGCUCGGCCCAUCGAGCCGCCCAUCAAUCAAUCGAUCGAUCGAUCGAUCUGUCAAUCAACCCAGGGUCCCCGUCGCCGGCCAUGGCUCCGGGCGGGCUGCUGCAGUGUCUGUGCUUCUCGGCUUCUGGCAUGAGAUGAAGGAAGACGGCCUUCCCUUAUUCGUCCUUGAGUGAAUUCUGCCUGCAACCGCCGGCCCAACAUGGAGCAGGAGGCCACGCAGGAGCAUCAGCAGCAGCAGGAAGCCAACCAGACGUUUCCCCGGAAGCAGCUCGUCCGCGAAGAUGACAAUCUCCAGGUGCCCUUCCUGGAGCUGCACGGGGAGAGCACGGAGUUUGUGGGCCGGGCGGAGGAGGCCGUGAUCGCGCUCUCCAACUACCGCCUUCACAUCAAGUUCAAGGAGUCCCUCGUCAAUAUCCCGCUGCAGCUGAUUGAGAGCGUGGAGUGCCGGGACCUCUUCCAGCUCCACUUGGUCUGCAAGGACUGCAAGAUCAUCAGGUGCCUGUUCUGCAGCCCGGAGCGGAGCCAGGAGUGGCAGCGGCGCCUGUCGGAGGCCACGGGGCCCCCCUCGCGCCUGGAGGGCCUCUUCUCCUUCGCCUUCCACGCCUGGUGCACCCACGUCUACGCCAGCGAGAAGGAGCAGCACGGGGACCUCUGCCGGCCCGGGGAGCACGUGGCCUCGCGCUUCAAGAACGAGGUGGAGCGCAUGGGCUUCGACAGGAACCACGCCUGGAGGGUCUCCAACAUCAACGAGAAGUACAGGCUGUGCAGCAGCUACCCGCAGGAGCUCAUCGUCCCGGCCUGGAUCUCCGACAAGGAGCUGGAGAGCGUGGCCGCCUUCCGAUCCUGGAAGCGCAUCCCCGCCGUGGUUUACAGGCACCAGAGCAACGGGGCGGUCAUUGCGCGCUGCGGCCAGCCGGAGGUCAGCUGGUGGGGCUGGAGGAACGCUGACGACGAGCACCUGGUCCAGUCCGUGGCCAAGGCCUGCGCCGUGGACGCCCGGGCCAAGGUGGCCGACCCGCGAGGAGGCGAGGGGGGGGGCGGAUACUCCGACCCAGAGUUCGGGAAGGACGGCGCGGAGCCCCCGAAGCUGCUCAUCCUGGACGCACGCUCCUACGCCGCCGCCGUGGCCAACCGGGCCAAGGGAGGGGGCUGCGAGUGCCCAGAGUACUACCCCAACUGCGAGGUGGUCUUCAUGGGCAUGGCCAACAUCCACUCCAUCCGGAAGAGCUUCCAGUCCCUGCGCCUGCUCUGCAGCCAGGUCCCCGACCCAGGAAACUGGCUCUCGUCGCUGGAGGGCACCAAGUGGCUGCAGCACCUGUCGGUCCUGCUGAAGUCGGCGCUGCUGGUGGUGCACGCGGUGGAGCGGGACCGGCGCCCGGUGCUCGUGCACUGCUCCGACGGCUGGGACCGCACCCCCCAGAUCGUGGCCCUGGCCAAGCUGCUCCUCGACCCCUACUACCGGACCAUCGAGGGCUUCCAGGUGCUGGUGGAGACGGAGUGGCUGGACUUUGGGCACAAGUUUGCCGACCGCUGUGGGCACGGGGAGCAGGCGGGCGACCCCAACGAGCGCUGCCCGGUCUUCCUGCAGUGGCUGGACUGCGCCCACCAGCUCCAGAGGCAGUUCCCCUGCUCCUUCGAGUUCAGCGAAGCAUUCCUGGUGAAGCUGGUCCAGCACACCUACUCCUGCCUCUUUGGCACAUUCCUGUGCAACAACGCCAAGGAGCGCGGCGAGAAGCACACCCAGGAGAGGACCUGCUCCGUGUGGUCCCUGCUCCGGCCCGGGAACAAGGCCUUCCAGAACCUGCUCUACUGCUCCCAGUCCGACUCCGUGCUGUUCCCGGUGUGCCACGUGCGGAACCUCAUGCUCUGGAGCGCCGUCUACCUGCCCGGCUCCUCCCCCUCGACCCCUGCCGACGACCCCUGCACCCCCUACCCGCUCCCGGCCCCCGGCCCCGAAGAGGCCCCGCUGGGCAGGCUGCCCAAGACCCGCUCCUUCGACAACCUGGCCUUGGCCUGCGACGGCGGCCACAGCGGCCCCCCGCCCGCCGCCCGGCGCAGCAGCGACCCCAGCCUGGGGGAGAAGUGGCCGGAGCACCGCCGCUCCCUGGAGCCCGGCGACCCCUUCGAGGGGGGCCGGGGGGCGGAGCUCUCCCUGGCGGUGGCCCCGGGCCAGAUGGAGAACAUCCUGCAGGAGGCCACGGAGGAGGAGGGGGAGGGCCCCCCCGACACCCCGGCCCCCCCGGAGGCCCCGAGCGCCUCCUUCCCGUGGCUGGGCACCGGGGAGGAGGCGGAGGCGCUGGAGCUGCACCGCUUGGCCGCCUCCCUCAACCGGACCCCCCUCCCGCCCCCCUCCCCCUGCGCCCUGCCCUUGCGCGACUACGGGGGGGGCGGCCGGAGGGGGGCGGCGGGGGGUAAGGGGGCCCGCAGGGGGGGGGUCUCGCCGCCCUCGCCGCCUCCGCUGCCACCCGGCAGCCCCGACCCGCCCCCCGCCCCCCGCGGCCCCCUGGACGACGACGACGGGAUGCCGGCCUACGCGGACGCCGUGCAGCAGCGGCUGCGGCAGAUCGAGAGCGGGCACCAGGCGGAGGUGGAGACCCUCCGGAAGCAGCUGCAGGAGCUGCACAGCCGCCUCGAGGGGCGCCUCCUCAACGGCGCCCUCCACUGCAACGGACUCCCCUGCGGACUCGGACAGGUGGUAAGUCCGCCCGUCCGUCGGUCGGUCGGUCGGUCGGUCGGUCAGAGCCUGGGGGCACCUGGGUGGCGGCCGUUCCCGCACUCAAGCCCGCAGGUGACGCGCUGGCCCCCCGACCCCCUGGGCGCCCACUGCCACGGCUGCGACACCGCCUUCUGGCUCGCCAGCAGGAAGCACCUCUGCAGGAACUGCGGGAACGUCUUCUGCGCCUCGUGCUGCAACCAGAAGGUCCCGGUCCCGGUCCCGGAGCCCAUCCGCCUCUGCAAGGCCUGCUCCUCCGGACUUGGGCCCCACAACAACGACCCCACUGCCGCCACCGCUGCCGCCGCCCACUCGAACUGAACCAAGGGGGGGGGGCGUCAUGGCCGCCGCGGAAAGACCCGGAAGGGGGCGGCCAUUUUGUAACUGGAUUUUGCUGGAACCCGGGCGGGGGCGACGCGUGUUUGUCGGUUCGGUGGUCGUUGUCGCUGCUGCUGCUGCUGCUGCUCUUGGGAGACGUUGUGGGCGACGCAACGGGCGCUGCCUUCUUCUCUUCCUCCUCCUCCUCCUCCUCUUUCAAAAUGGCCGGCCUCGGAAGCGUUGGGGUUAUUUAUUCUCGGUAUUUCCGAUCAUCCGGAUUGGGGAAAUAAUAAUAAUAAUGAUAAUAAUACACAACUUUAUUUGUAUCCCGCUCCCUCUCGGAAAGGGGUUUGGGAUGGCUUACCACGUAAAUACAAAACAAUCGCCGCCACGACAGACGUGCCAAGGAUAUAUCUACAUUCUGAUUACGGGUCUAUUCCAUAUUAUUAUUAUUAUUAUUAUUAGUGGCUCGUUCCAUGCCAAGCAGUCCAAAACGUUCCCACCACCACGUUGUCUCGUUCUAUAACGGAAGUCAUAAGUCUGAGCUCACACGGAGACAAGUACAUGGAUGGAUGGAUGGAUGGAUGGAUGGAUGGAUGGAUAGAUAGAUAAAUAAAUAAAUAGAUAGAUAGAUAGAUAGAUCGAUAGAUGAAUAGAUAGAGAAAUAGAUGGAUCAGUAGAUAGAUGGAUGGAUGGUUGGAUGGAUGGACAGACAGAUAGAUGGAUAGGUGGACAGACAGAUCAAUGGAUGGAGCGAUGGAUGGAUGGAUGGAUGGAUGGAUGGAUGGAUGGAUGGAUGGAUGGAUGGAUGGAUGGAUGGAUAAAUAAAUAGAUAGAUCGAUCGAUCGAUCGAUCGAUAGAUGAAUAGAUAGAGAAAUAGAUGGAUCAGUAGAUAGAUGGAUGGAUGGUUGGAUGGAUGGACAGACAGAUAGAUGGAUAGGUGGACAGACAGAUGAAUGGAUGGAGCGAUGGAUGGAUGGAUGGAUGGAUGGAUGGAUGGAUGGAUGGAUGGAUGGAUGGAUGGAUGGAUAAAUAAAUAGAUAGAUCGAUCGAUCGAUCGAUCGAUCGAUAGAUGAAUAGAUAGAGAAAUAGAUGGAUCAGUAGAUAGAUGGAUGGAUGGUUGGAUGGAUGGACAGACAGAUAGAUGGAUAGGUGGACAGACAGAUGAAUGGAUGGAGCGAUGGAUGGAUGGAUGGAUGGAUGGAUGGAUGGAUGGAUGGAUGGAUGGAUGGAUGGAUGGAUGGAUGGAUAAAUAAAUAGAUAGAUCGAUCAAUCGAUCGAUCGAUAGAUGAAUAGAUAGAGAAAUAGAUGGAUCAGUAGAUAGAUGGAUGGAUGGUUGGAUGGAUGGACAGACAGAUAGAUGGAUAGGUGGACAGACAGAUGAAUGGAUGGAGCGAUGGAUGGAUGGAUGGAUGGAUGGAUGGAUGGAUGGAUGGAUGGAUGGAUGGAUGGAUGGAUGGAUGGAUAAAUAAAUAGAUAGAUCGAUCGAUCGAUCGAUAGAUGAAUAGAUAGAGAAAUAGAUGGAUCAGUAGAUAGAUAGAUGGAUGGUUGGAUGGAUGGACAGACAGAUGAAUGGAUGGAUGGAUGGAUGGAUGGAUGGAUGGAUAAAUAGAUAAAUAAACCACCAAGACGUCCUAGGUGGUUCUCCGAGCGGUCACAAGCAACAUGAUCAUCGGCGUAUUGGAGUUCUAUCACAGACAUCAUAGGUGGUCAUCUGAACAUGCACAGAGUACGUUCUCAUCGGCAUAUUCAACGGUGGGAAUGUUGAGACCACUCGGCAUGGAACGGCCCCGUCUGUAUUAUUAUUAUUAUUAUUAUUAUUAUUAUUUUCCAACCGACGAAGCACUUCCCACAACUUGUAUAACAAUAACAACUUUGUUGUUCUCCUUCCUUCCUAUGUAAAGCAGGAAAGAAUAGCUGUGUGUACAUGUAUGUAUGUAUGUAUGUAUGUAUGUAUGUAUAUAAUGCCCUCUUUGCUCCUUGAUCUUUGUCAUUUUCUCCCCUUCUUUUGUCAAUAAAGUGUUGCAUUAUUUUAGAA